UUGCUCGUUUCAAACUUCAGGCUGACGUGCUGCGGAGCUACCUAGUAGUAACUUAGUUACAAAGCUAGCCCAAUUGGUAUCCAACUAGGCGGAGCAAUCUAACGUUAACCAGACACGCAAUGAUCGAGUGCGCCAAAAAACUUGGCAUACUAGCUAGCUAAAUGAUCCUACCUGCAGGCUCCGCCGUGGGUCCAGACGCCUUGUCUAAAUUCACUACACUUUCCUGAGGCUCGAAGACCAGCAGCCCAUUGUCUCCGCCUGGUGCUGCUGCUGAGGCCUGUCCUACCGACAUCACCGGCUCAAUCUCCUUCUCCUUUGGCUGCGCAGAAAUCGCCGCCGCCAAACUCUCACCAGCCUCUGGCCCAUACGUAACUUGCUUAGUCUGAACAAUUUUGAGUCCACAUUCUAUGGCCAUGCUCAUUUUGGCCUUUUUUGAAUCUGGUUCUUCAUUAGUUGAAGUGCUGGAACUGGCUCCAACAAGGAUAUUCUCCCCGUCCGCCAUCUUCAGCUGAUAAAGCCGCUGUGUACUGUGGUAAAACAUUCUUCCGCGGUCGACAGCUGGUUAUUUAAAUGGCGAAUGUGAUUCGCUCUCCACCAGUAGUUGUGGCGAAGAGUUUCUAAACCCAGAGGCGCAACAUUGCGUGAGUUCCGGGAACUAAUUGAGAAACAGAACCAACAGACCAGGCGGUGGUUUGGGAAGUCAUUGACAGAAGUGCAAAAUGUUUCCUCAUUUGUUCAUUUUCCCGAAAUCUAAAGGCACAACCUAGAUUCAAUUUUAUUGGUCACAUACACGUGUUUAGCAAAUGCUAUUGCGGGUGUAGCCAAAUGCUUGUGACCAAGUAGUUGAACAUGUUAUUACUCCAACGUCGUGAAAGUCACAAACAGACACGUUUUCAUUUUCGUGAAAAAUUAUAUCGAAGGAGUGCGGUUUGAGUUAACGGCAUGCACAUGCGCAGUUCGGCGCAAGAGCCGUUUCUACGCAUGCGCGUAGCUAGCCAAUGUGACACCUACAAGUGUGAUCGGGGAGAAGCAAUUUUAGCCUAUCUUCAUACUGUACCUACUGUCUGUCAUCUUUGGUUGCGGCGGGAGCGACACUUCAGCACGUCGAUGACGUCAACAACAACAAAAUGUAUCGUGUGCGUAUUUAUGUUUAGCUGUGAAAUGGUCAUUGAUUGAUAUUAAAUCAGCAAAUUGCGCAUUUUAAAUCAACUAAAGCUAUUAGCGUUAGCUGGAUAAUAUUGCAAUAUUCAGUGACAUAUCGUGGUUCUUCUCCGGUUCUUUAGACUUCUAGCUGUGCCGCGCGGUUAAAAUAAAGUCGACCUGGAACGCGCAACACCGCAGCCAUCAGAGCAGUCAGGCUAGCUAAAUCAGUUAUUUUCAAAGCUUAUAUAGCUAAUAUAAAUCAGAAUGGAUGAUAUUUUAAAUUGCAAACCAGAGGACUUGGACGAUUAUUACGGGUUACUCGGAUGCGAUGAGUUAUCUUCGACAGAACAGAUUGCCAAUGAAUACAGAGUAAGGGCCUUGGCAUGCCAUCCAGACAAGCACCCUGAUAAUCCAAGAGCAGUGGAAGAGUUUCAGAAGUUGCAGGAAGCCAAGGAGGUUUUGUGCAAUGAAAAGAGCAGAAGAAACUAUGAUGUAUGGAAAAGAAGUGGAAUUACCAUACCAUUCCAUGGCUGGCUAGCCCUUGGCGACUCUGUCAAAACUUCAAUGCAUUGGGCUGUGAGGACCAAAAAGGAGCCCAUGCUGGAGAGCUCUAAAGCAACAUUCCCUAACAGUUCCCAAGACAGAGACUGUACUGACCACGAGUCACCAGAGAUGCCUUCCCCAGAUGCAGUGCCAUCUUCAAGUGACUACUGCCAUCGCCAUUUUCGCUGGGCUUCCGACUCCCCAUCCAGUCUUCUGCGGAAAUUCAGAAAUUAUGAAAUCUAAAUGAAAGAUAAAAUGAUCAGCCCUGUCUAUUUCCUUGUGAAUAAUGUUACGUGUUGGUUCCCAACCUCACAAUAAUUGUAUGGAUGGAAUUGCUAAACUAAUUGUCUUUUAUCUAUCAGGUGUAACUUAUUAGACCCUCUAUAGAAAAUGUAUACUGAAAAUACCCUAGUUUUGCCAUGGCCUAGGCUCUAGGGUAUGGGGCAUAUAUAUUAUUUGUGUACGGUCUAUGGCAUGGAGCCUGGAAUUGACCUAUUUAGCUCUUUAUCAAAAUGUCCCAAUAGAUGUCAUUAUGUGAAGUAUAAUAUUUUUGUAGUGUUGUAUUCUUGUACAUGGUUGCCUUUUUAAAAUUAUGUAAAUGCUCUGGAUGGUAUUUUCACAUCUAAUAAAUGUUAUGUAUUCAAUAUG